AUGCCCACCCCACACUCCUUUCCCCCCGACCACGAAAUAUCGUCGCACACCGCCCACGCGCCGUCCGGCUCGCGUCCGACCGACUCGCCCGCGUCUGACUCGCCCGAGGUGCCGAACGUGUACGUGCAUCCUCCAGAAGAGGAGCAGUACGAUAACCCGCCCUGGUGCGUCUUCGACGCGAGCGACCCGCACGAGGACCAGCUGCCGCUCUCCUUGUCCGACGAGUCCCUCGCCGCGCGCGUGCUCGCGCGCCUCGCGCUGGAGAAGCCGCAUCCGGCGGCCGACGAUGCCCCCGCGUUCCACCGCCCGACCCAUGCGUCGGAGGAGGCCGUGAUGCCGCGCCGGGGCGCGCUCUACCAUCAGCGACCGGAGAGCCCGCUGGGCAUCCUUGCGGAGGACGAUGCGCAGAGGGGCGGGGAGGACGAGGAUGUGGUGGAGAUCGUGAAGCUGCGAAGGAGCGCCAUGCAAGAAGAGGUCAUGGAGGGCCCCGCGCCCGCGCUGAAGAAGUCAAAGACGUUCAGGGCGCGCGCGGCGUCCGCGUUCUCGUCUCUGAAGACCAUAGGCAGGGGCUCGCGCAAGCCCCCCGCGCAGAACGUGUUCCAGCCGUCGAGGGAGAACUCUGCUCCUGCCCUGCGGGAUUUGACGCAAGACUCUGCGGACGCGGCGCGGUGGUCCACCAUGCCCACCCCAAAGCUGACGAAGCGCAAGUCGCUUUCGCUCUCUCAGGUCUUCGGCGCGUCCCAGAGGAACCACCCCGCCCCCGACAUCUCAGACUCGUACGAGGAAAUCACCCCCGAGUCGUCCUGCGAUGUCUUCUUGUCUUCUCCUCCCAUGUCCUCGUCGAUCCAUCGCGCUACCUCAACCACCGUCUCUUCUCCCAGUAACAGCCAUACGUCCCCGUCGCUCGAUGAAGAAAGCCGACCGGUCUCGCCGAGCUACUCUACGAAGAGCAAGGCGAGACGCCGGUUCUCCCUGAUGGACCUCCAGCGCCUUUUCUCCGCGCCAACACAGCCGAUGCAGUCCGAGUCGCAUGGGGAGACCAGCGACUCGCUGCCUUCGACGGUGGAUCCGCCCACACCCAAGGACGAGGCCUACCACGUGCAGUUCUCCCUCCCGUCGUCGCCCGUCCUGGAUGCCCUCGCGAGAACGCCAGAGCAGGCCAAGACGCCGCACGACGCGGAUGCGGAGCAGGACUUCAGCUUCGAGAUGCGGCUCGACUCCUUCCACUUUGACUCGCUCAGCUUCGAUCCGGAUACUUUCGACGUCCGUAAUCUAUGAUUCAAAUAUCUACGCGCGCAGGCGUAUGUACUGUACGGGUUGACCGCGACAUGUUCCUCUGCGACACCUCCCUCCCUCCGUAGACAUCUCUACCGUUCGGCGUUGCGAGCCCUCCAAGGGGGGCCCACGCGCGCAUCAUGUAUAUCCACGCCACGUCCGUGGAUUCAUUUAUACCACCGCACAUAAUCCUUCAGCCAUAUCUGAUCCAUGGUGGGCCCUCGAUCUCUUCGACUUUUCUGUUUUCAUGACGUCCUUACGGCUUCUUCUUGUUUCCUCGGAACUUCCUCCUCCGUCUUUCCUGAUUAUUUCUCUAUCAUCUGACGUAGUUUAUCUCCUGCGACGAAUCGAUUUCGCAACUGGCGGUUGACCCGC